AUGAACGUCAGUGGUAACGACACAGACACCGGCGCCGACGAUACCGAGCCGAGGCCGUCCACUCCCUUUGAGAUCGCGCUUAUGGUAAUCAUUAUGUUAACAACGAUUGUGGGAAACGCAUGUGUCUGUUGGAUUAUCUUCACUAAUCACAAACUUCGCACUGUGCCGAACAAAUUAGUAAUGAACUUGGCCUGGUGCGAUCUGCUGACCGCCGUCGUCAAUGGGCCAGUCACGUUGGUUGUGUUGUAUAACGGCGAGUGGGUGAUGGGGGAAACAAUGUGUCAGAUAAAUGGUUUUACAACAACUUUGUUCGGCAUUGCCUCGGUGUUGACUUUGGCCGUUAUAUCGCUCAACAGAUGUUGCAUGAUUGUCUAUUCCACCAAGUACAGUUUUUACUUUUCCUAUGUUAAGACAAACAUUAUGAUAAGCGCAAUUUGGAUAUUCUCAUCUCUGUGUGCCUUUCCUCCGAUGGUCGGGUGGUCUAAUUACGUGUACAUUCCAGGGAAAGCUAUAUGUACUCUGCUCUGGUCGACAAAUAUAUCCUACACGUUAUUCGUGUUAACACUUGGAAUAAUACUGCCUUUCUUUGUCAUGAUAGUGUCUUAUUAUAAGAUAUUUAAAGUCGUACAAAGCAAUUCCAGGAGGAUACAGUCUCAUUUUGAACGAGCAAGCGUCCCACCAUCGCCAGUGUUCGGCGAACGCUCGGGAAGGAAACUUAACGUACCUUCUACCAAAUCAAGUACAGACGACACACAGCCGGCGACUAGAGGUCAUGAGUACCGAGUGAAUCAAGGUCACGCUGUCAGACUCAAUGGCUUGUUUCAAACUCCCCUCGAUGGUGGGAGCCGUCGGGGGUCCGAAAUCAGCAUUACCUCAAGAGCACCGAGUUUGCUUGAUCAGGUUUACGGGCCGCUUGGUCGGCGUGGAUCGACGCUCUCUAUAGACCCAGUGACAAUGGAUCGCCCAACGUCGGCAAUAAGUGGUCGCCUAGCAAUGGGAGGGUCGUCAAGGCAACUGCCAAGACAGGGACCUCGAAUAGAGGAUGUGAAAAUAACGAAGACAGUUUUAAUUGUGCUUCUUGCAUUCGUUGUUUGCUGGUCUCCGAUUAGUGUUGUCAAUUUCUUGGAAACAUUUUUCAACUACACCAUUCCAAUGGCGCUGGAUUUAUUCACUGUGUACAUGGUGUUUUUAAACUGCGCCCUCAACCCUAUCAUUUAUGGAUUAAUGAACCGGAACUUUCGCAAAGGUUUCAAGAAAAUCUUUUGUUUCUGCAAAACAGGCGCACUUCGAAAACAGAGAUCUGUUGGCGCUGUGAUCGCUAUUCACUCCGCCGGGGAGUCUGCAUCUCGUGCUGUAACAGUGAAUAGGACAUCGACUCAUAAACCCAGGGGUACUAAAAAAAGAAGGAGAUCUGCCACAGUCAGCUGGCGUACAAGUGAUAAUAAAAUAAAUGCGAUAAUAAUUUACCAACAGUUACUAUAUGGGUAA